AACAAAAAUUGUAAGACGUAGGAUCUCAUUUGGAUUUAGUAUUGGAACAAAAUAUACUCCGCAUAUUGAUAUUUUGAUUUUUAAACAUCUCUUCUCCAACUUACCCCACCAACAAAGUUCUCGAUUCAGAAUCCCUAAAUCUUUUCGCACAAACUGUAAUUUUCAUAAGAGUAACAGAAGCAGAAUCCUCGCACCAGAAAAUAUUCAUAGUAGGGCAGAAAUGAAAAAGGCCAGAGCUUUUCCAGUAAUUCAACCUAUGCGCUAGAAUCUGCAAACCCCGAUCAAAGAGAAAGGCAAAGAAGAAGCACAAGGGGUUUUGGUUGAGACUUUCUGCCGAACAUGUGGUGGGCUGACCUGAAAGCUGCUUUGGGGCAGAGAAUCAACCUUGAAGGCAUCGCUUGCGCCGUGGGAAUUGUGUCGAAAGAGCAGCAUUUGGCGAUCCCGCAUGUCAGUGUGCCUGACAUAAGGUAUAUCGAUUGGGCUGAGCUGAAGAAAAGGGGAUUUAAAGGCGUCGUCUUUGAUAAGGAUAACACCAUUACUGUUCCUUACUCUUUGAGCUUGUGGCCACCCCUGGGCUCGUCGAUAGACCAGUGUAGAUCUUUGUUCGGCGAUAAUGUCGCCGUGUUCAGUAACUCUGCGGGAUUGAGUGAGUAUGACCCUGAUGGUGAGAAAGCUAGAGCUCUCGAGGAUUCUAUUGGGAUCAAAGUGAUAAGGCACAGAACGAAGAAGCCUGCGGGAUCAGCUGAAGAAAUUGAAGAGCUCUUUGGUUGUGAAUCCUCUAGUCUUGUUAUGGUGGGGGACCGUCCUUUUACAGAUAUCGUUUAUGGGAAUAGGAAUGGGUUUUUCACAAUACUAAGUGGAUCCUUGAGUCUUGCAGAGGAACCUUUGAUCGUUAGGCAGGUGAGGCUUCUUGAGGUUGCUCUUGUAAAACGAUGGUCUGAAAGUGGAGUGAAGAUGACCACUCAGUCUUGUUCCGGAUUCUAUGGUGUGUGUAAAAGAUAUACCACUCUCAUAGUCAUCUAUGAAUAUGGUUUCCAAAAUGAUAUUGUUUUUGUGGGUAAUAGGAUAUUUGAAAAAAUUCGGACCAACUCCAGCAUUCUUGAUUAAUGAUGAAGUUUCUAUGUCUGCUUUCGAUAUU